UCUUGUUUGCACUUGUUGCCAAGGCAAUACAGGGAAGAUCUGCAAACAUAUAGACUGGGGAGCUACAGGGAGGUGACGAAUAGUGACAGUGUACGUAGACUGUAUUAUUUUAUUGCUACAGAUGAGGAGCCUCCUCAAGGGUGGCUAGAGCCUCUGUAUUGCUCUCAGAAUGCAGGGGCUUCAAGUUCUUCGGAACGUUUGGAGCAAACGGACACAGGUUUGCUCUGUGAAAGCCAAGGAGAGAUGCCAGAGACACUUCACACGGAGACAGUUCCAGACAAUAGAAAUAAUGAUUUAAUCGACGAGAUAAAAGCUCGUCUCAUAGAUUUUUCAAAUAAAUCCCCUGAGGAAAUGAGGAAAGGCCUUGAAGUCAUGUGCGAAAAAUUGAGAAAGCUUGCAUCUUAUUUGGCAAAUUUUGGUGAAGGAAAAUCUAGAAAAAAUCGCGGUAACUAUAUUCCCGUUCAGUCCACUGCAAUAAGCAGAAGAAAAAACAAGUUGGCAGGUCGCAGAUGUCAUCCGGGGGGAAGACAAAGACCACACUCUAAGCAAAGCGAGGAAUUUGUAAAGACAGUAGAAAUUUCUGAAAUGGCUACCUUUCCACCACCAGCUACGCAGUCAUCCCAGUCAGCUUCAGACUUUUGAAGGUGCGCGACUGUUGACUGCAGCAUAGUGUGUAGGAUUUUCUUAAUCUGAGAUCCAACGUAAUGGAACUAUUAAGGGAAUGAUUGUAGUAAGUUUUUUCUUAAAGCUCAGGCCUAGCCUGACUGCUGAAAUAUAUUAAGUUUUUUUGUUGUACCUCGGGUCUGACCCGAUUAUUCCCGGCGGGGUCAGGGAUUUUCUCUGCCUCGUGAUGACUGGGUGUUGUGUGAUGUCCUUAGGUUAGUUAGGUUUAAGUAGUUCUGAGUUCUAGGGGACUGAUGACCAUAGAUGUUAAGUCCCGUAGUGCUCAGAGCCAUUUUCUAACCCGAUUAUUGAAAUAAGUUUUUUG